CAGGUUGUGACCAAGCAGGGGCGGCGGGGCGAGAGUCGAGAUCGCUGGGGGGUCAGGAAGGUUCCUCACCGAAGCUAGAGGGAGCAUCCCAUAUGGACCGACCUAUGUGUGUUGUGGGGGGUGGGGGAUGGAGGACGGAACGGACUGUCGUGAGUGUGUUGGAAGGCGGGGAAGAGACCAUUCUGAAGGUGAUGGAGGGUUCCUUCCGCAUAUGGAGAGCAGAGAUCAUUCUGAGUCUGGGGGGUUAUUCCUUUUGGUGGAGGCUAAGAUCAUUAAGACCAUUCUGAGUGUGUGUGUGGGGGGGUCCGUCCUUAUAGAAGGGAGAGAGCAUUCUGAGGGUGGGGAAGUUCUUCCUUAUAGAAGAGAAAAGCUAUUCUGAGAGUGGUGGUUUCUUCCUUAUAAAGGGAUAGGGGCUAUUGUGAGUUAGGGUGGGGCGGGUCCUUCCUUACACAACUUAAGAGGGUCCAUUUUGAGGAUUGGUAUGUCUGUCAUAAGAAGGGGAGAGGACCAUUGUGGGGGGGCCCUUCCUAGUGGAGGUAGAGUUCAUUGCAGGUUGGAGUGGGAGGGUCCUUCCUUAUAUGGCAGAGAAAAGACUUUCUAAGGGUGCAGGGCCCUUCUUUAUAGCGGGGAGAGUUCGUUAUGAGUGUGAGUAGAACAGGAAUGAUUCCUUGGCUGGAGGUAGGGGUGGUGCGGUGGUUGGAGGAUGACUGGACCAUGUGGAGUAUAGAAAAAUAUUUCCUUAUGUCUAGAGGGAACCAGACCAUUCUUGGUGCAAUAACCAUUUAUUAUAUGGGGUUCAAUCCUAGGGACUGUGGAGGAAUUAUUUCUUAUGUUUAUGAAACCAUUCUGGGUCAGGUGGACUCUGGUGGUCAUACAAGCUCACCGGCGCCUCAAAUACAUAUCCCUAGCUGUGCUGGUGGUCCAGAAUGCCUCCCUCAUCCUCAGCAUCCGUUAUGCCCGCACACUGCCUGGGGACCGCUUCUUUGCCACCACUGCUGUGGUCAUGGCCGAAGUGCUCAAAGGUCUCACCUGCCUGCUGCUGCUCUUCGCACAGAAGAGGGGUAACGUGAAGCACCUGGCUCUCUUCCUCCACGAUGCUGUCCUGGUGCAGUAUGUGGACACACUCAAGCUCGCAGUGCCGUCUCUCAUCUACACCUUGCAGAAUAACCUCCAGUAUGUUGCCAUCUCCAACCUGCCAGCUGCCACUUUCCAGGUGACGUACCAGCUGAAGAUCCUGACCACGGCACUGUUCUCCGUGCUCAUGCUGAACCGCAGCCUUUCCCGGCUACAGUGGGCCUCCCUGCUGCUCCUCUUCACUGGCGUUGCCAUCGUCCAGGCACAGCAAGCCGGUGGUGGGGGCCCUCGGCCGCUGGAUCAGAACCCUGGGGCGGGCCUAGCGGCUGUGGUGGCCUCGUGUCUGUCCUCGGGAUUCGCAGGUGUCUACUUCGAGAAGAUCCUCAAGGGCAGCUCAGGCUCGGUGUGGCUGCGCAACCUGCAGCUGGGCCUCUUCGGCACAGCCCUGGGCCUGGUGGGGCUCUGGUGGGCUGAAGGCACUGCCGUGGCCCGCCGUGGCUUCUUUUUCGGGUACACACCUGCUGUCUGGGGCGUGGUGCUCAACCAGGCCUUUGGCGGGCUGCUGGUGGCUGUUGUCGUCAAGUACGCCGAUAACAUCCUCAAGGGCUUUGCCACCUCCCUGUCCAUUGUGCUGUCCACUGUUGCCUCCAUCCGCCUUUUUGGCUUCCAUGUGGACCCGUUGUUUGCCCUUGGCGCUGGGCUGGUCAUCGGUGCCGUCUACCUCUACAGCCUUCCCCGAGGUGCAGCCAAAGCCAUAGCUUCCACCUCUGCCUCCACUUCCACCUCCGGGCCCUGCACUCACCAGCAGCCUCCAGGGCAGCCGCCGCCACCGAAGCUGUCUUCCCAUCGUGGAGACCUCAGCACGGAGCCCUUUCUGCCAAAGACAGCGAGGUGGAGAAAAGCAGUAAGGACCAGAGGGAUUCUCAUCCUACAGUCAGAGCCUGGUGAGACACUCAGAUUCACAUGGACCGUGUGUGUGUGUGCACGUACACGUGUGUGUUCCACAUCUCACCUGCUGUGGCAGAUGUCACUCACAUUCCAAAUCUGAAGAUUUGCAAAAAAGUUUACCUAAAUCCUUUGUUUCUGGCUUCAGAUAAGAUUUGAAAUUUGAUACUGUCACCCAAACCUAUCUGGUUUCAGAGUUUAGAUAGGGAUUCACCAAAACAAAUGUAUCCUCCAGUUCCUGAGUUCAGGAAGCACGUGACACCAUGCUAUCCAAAUCUAUUUGGGUAAAAUGAGCUUGCACAGUAAGGGGUUUAGCUGAAAAUAGUCCAAAUCUAUUCAGCUCCCAAGCUUGGCAAAUACAGGGUUUCGGACCCUGUGUGUGUGUGUGUGUGUGUGUGUGUGUGUGUGUGUGUGUAUUUUUUUAAUCCUUUUUUAAAAAUGUUUUUAGUGUUUGUUCUUGAGAGAGAGAGAGAGCAAGAAUGCAUGAGCAGGGGAAGGGCAGAGAGAGAGGGAGACACAGAAUCUGAAGCAGGCUCCAGGUUCUGAGGUGUCAGCACAGAGCCCGACGUGGGGCUCGAACUCACAGGCCAUGAGAUCAUGACCUGAGCUGAAGUCAAGACACCCAACCGACAGAGCCACCCAGGCGCCCCUCAGACUCUGUAUAUUGAGUAGCAGGUCUGGAUAGCAAGGGAUUUGUCCAAACACUGCUCUGAAUCCAUUCAGUUCCUAAGCCUGACACACAGUAGGCCUGCAACAGUUGUCACUAUCAGUAAAAUAAAAAAAGGUGUAGGUUGUCAGCUCAGUAUAUGACCCUCAGUAGGCCUACCACACAUUUCAGCUGUGGAUAUAACUAACGAUGAAACGUAUA